AUGGCAUCCUCCAACGGCCUUAUCUGCUUCACGAACUGCCUCCUCCCCCAGGAGGACGGUGCUCUGGUCGAGAAGGACCUCUGGAUCGACGAGCGCCGUGGGGUCAUCCUCGACUCCCAGCGUACGUUCUUCCUCCGCAAGGAGCGUCCCGAUCGUAUCAUUGACCUCGGUGGUAACAUUCUGAGCCCAGGAUUCCUCGAUAUUCAGAUCAAUGGCGCCUACAACUUCGACUUCUCCGUCUAUGAGGGUGACGAUGCCGCCUACAAGGAGGGUCUCCACCGCGUCGCCGAAAAAAUUGUCGAGACCGGUGUCACGUCGCUCCUGCCUACUAUCAUCACACAGGAGCGUUCUCUGUACCCCAAGCUCCUUCACCUUCUUCGCCCUUACAGCGCGCCGAACUCCGCGACGCUCCUCGGCUGGCACGCGGAAGGACCUUUCAUUCAGCUUGCCAAGCGCGGUGCACACGCUCCCGAAUUUUUAAUGGGAGCCAAGGAGGAGAUCAAGUCCUUCGAGUCGGUCUACGGCGCCGAAAACCUCGUUGUCGCCGAGGAUUGGCUGAUGGGCAGCGAGGCCACGGGUGACGCACUCGGCGUACGGGUGAUCACUGCUGCGCCCGAGGUGGAUGGCGUAAUGGUGUCCAUCCCCGAACUCGCGCGCCGCGGCGUCGUCUUCUCCAUCGGGCACUCGAUCGCCACCACCGCGCUCGCGACCGCGGCCGUCCAGGGCGGCGCGCGGCUCAUCACCCACCUCUUCAACGCGAUGCCCCAACUGCACCACCGGGACCCAUCGAUCAUCGGCCUGCUCGGCGCGUCCCCGCACCUGUCUUCCCCCAGCGAGCUCACCGACCUCGGGCUCACGAAGGGCAAGGUCGCGGAGAUGAGCUUCGAGCGCCCGUUCUACGAGCUCAUUGUCGACGGUAUCCACUCGCACCCGAACUCCGUCCGCCUCGCAUACUCGUCCUAUCCCGACGGCUGCGUCCUCAUCACGGACGCGAUGAAGAUCCUGGACCCGCAUCUGCCCGACGGGGUGCACCCGUGGCGGGACGGCAAGAACUUCGUCAAGGCCGGGGACAAGCUCUACCUCGAGGGCACCGACACGCUCGCCGGCUCCGUGGUCUCGCUCGACAAGUGCGUGCGGAACUUCUCGCGCUUCACCGGCUGCUCCCUCGGGGAGGCCAUCCGCUGCGCGACGUACAACCCCGCGCGCUGCCUCGGGAUCGAGGCGCGCAAGGGCACGCUCCGCCCCGGCGCCGACGCCGACCUCGUCGUCCUCGACCGCAAGGGUCGCGUGCAAAGCACUUGGGUCGCCGGGCGCGAGGUGUGGACGCGCGCGUAG